AUGAAACUUGCCCUGCCAAUUCUUGCGGCUAUCGCUGCCUCUUCAGAGGCCGCUUUUUGUAACGGAGGAUGGGGUUUACCGUCAGGGUCUUCAUGUCCCAGUCCCUAUGUGAGUACAGCACAGAUCACUAGAAAGCCAGCCCCUACUAACUGUUCGCAGAGCUGGUCCUUCUGCUGUCAAGAACCAGGAAGUCCAAAUCCGACUUUUCCUACAUUUAGGAAUUGUGUAUACCCUGGUAGGGGUGGACGGCCCGCCCUCGACUCUUGCAACGGUAGCGGACUGUGUGACUCGUUUAUCCAAUGCUGCACCAUUUGA